CAUGCUUGGCCAAGAGAUCUACUUGUAGAUUGUGGUAGCUUCAUGCGCUGCCGCUGGUGGUGCUGGCUUGCUGGGCCACAUGUUGUGAGUGCGACCGGGUUGAACUUGGGUGUGGCAGUGGAGUCGGUGCGGCGCAACAAUGAAGUGCAGUCCAACUACACCGACGGAACUGCAGAGACCUCAAGACGUUCGGGUUUUACAACUGCUUCAUGCUUGAAGUGGUAGGAAGAUCGAGUGGCAGCUUUUGUUGGAGGGCCGGGCACUUUGGCCUUCUAUCAAACGGGGUUUGAGUAUGUUUGAGCAAGCUUGGCAUUUGGUGGGCCAAGGCUGUUGCAGUGACACAGAACAAGGGGCGAAUGAAGGGCGAAGAUGUGGUGGUUACGCCCGGUAGCAAUGGGGUGUUCAACAUCACGCUUCUCAUGGAUGGUCAUGGCGGCCAGAGCAUUAUGAAGCGAGCAGUUGAAUUGCAGAAGGACUUCCUGGAGGCCUGCGGUGCGCGCAAGGAUUGGCCUGGUUGUGCUGCUGUCGCCUUAGGGCACUUCCAGGAACGUGCCAGAAGGAUGCAUUACAGAGGUGGCGCGACAUUGGUGGCACUUGUGAUGGAGGAAGAGAGCGGACAUGUUGCAUUCGCAUGGGCUGGAGAUUCGGUGGGCAUCCUGGUGAGAGAAGGGACAGUGGCUUUCCGAACCUCCAUCCAUUCCGUCAGCAGCGACUCUGAGCUACGACGGCUUCAAGACCACGAGCCCAGAUAUAAAUACCAGAUUGAUGAUGGUUACCUUUGCAGCCUGAACAAGUACAGAGGUUGUGUCAUGCCAACGCGUGGCAUCGGCGACAUUGACAUGGAGCCUGCUGGCUUUUUAUCAGUCCCAGAGACGUCCAACUUGAUGUCAAUGGGUCCUGGCGAUCUUGUGCUGAUGGCUUCCGAUGGUCUUUGGGAUGUGCUACCUGAAGUGGAGGUGUUGGAGAAGCUGUCAAAGGCAGGCGACUGGAAGAGAAACAUCCUUGCGAGCGAAGCACUAGCGAAAGCUGCAGUAAGCAGAUGGUUGAAAGAGUAUGGCCGCGCCUCGGAAGCUGAUGACAUCAGCAUCGUGCUCUUUCAGCCAGAGGUUGGGCAACCUGCAGCUCGAACAGAACUUUGAGAAA